AGUUAUUAACGUUUAUUAUUUCUUUUUCUUAGUUCUAUUUUAUUAAUUCCUUUUGUCCAUUGUAAUCAUUGCAAAUUACGUUUGAUCGAAUAACACACGUUAUUUAAUAUUUAAGCUUUUUUUUUUUUAACAUAAUCCAUUGUUCUUUAAAUAUCAUUUCAAGAAAAUAUAUUGCAGUGUUGAGUAGAAUUAUGUAUUCGUCGAUAUUUUUGAAUCGAUAGAUUACCAUUUUUGUGCGGCAUAUCAUCAUGAAACACAGAACGAUUUCACGCACUUUUAAAUAAUAGGAUUGAUCUAAAAGCAAUCAUGUAUUAUUAUCUGGUAAUAUAACAUAAGUUUAUCUAAUACCUCUUUAUACUCUUAAAUGCCAAAAUGAUGAACAAUACCAGUAUGGAGCUUAACAAUGUUGGUGGCAGCAAAAGUUCUGUGUAUUUAGUAAUAUCUUUUAAAAAAUUAUGUAUGUUCACCGUUUGCCUACCAUUGUUCUCCUUGCUAUUUUGUUUUGUCACAGCAUAUAUUUUUCAACAGGAUGACAUUCAUGAAACGCAUUGCAGGGUUUACAAUGUUCUACCAUCGAUUUCUGCUAUUACUGGUGUAUCUCCUCAACGAUAUUUAUGGCGUAUUAGCAUAGCAUUGCAUAUUGGACCUCGUUUAGUUAUCGCCAGUGUAUAUCAUUCGUAUUAUUAUAAAAUACUCAAAUCCUUGGAAGAUGUACCUAGCAGAAUUGUGGGUUGCAGACUAUUAAAUUUAUGCUAUUGGUUAAACAUUGCUGAGGUAGCUGCUUUAAGCGGCGUUACAUAUAUUUCAAACAGAGAGAAUUAUCCUGUACAUGAAAAGAUUUUUAUCAUGUUCAUGAUCAGCUCUCUUACAUAUAUGUUGACAACGGUAAGAUUAGGCCGUCUUGUUACUCCCAAUGCACAAAGUCUUCAGUACAAGCAAGCGUUAUUUGUUACAAGCAUAAUCAGUACAGUGGGACUCAUUAUCUUCUUUUUAAAACAUCGACUCUUAUGUCAUGACUUAGCAUUUAGCUGGUUCUCACUAUGCGAAUAUGUGAUAGCCUCAGCGAAUAUGGGAUUUCAUUUUACAGUAAUCUUAGACUUUCCGAAAGAACAACUGGUUGUUGGCUAUGGAUUACCUGCCACGAAAGUGGAUUAAUUUUAUAGAAUAAUUUAUAAUUUUGAUUCUCAUCUUAAAGUGUCUACUGCCAUUACCUGAAAGUGCUAUAACUUAUUAUUAUUAUUAUUAUUAUUAUUUUUUAAUGAAGAAAAUUAAAUGAAAAUUUUAGUAUUUCUUAAGAUGUAUAAAGUGAUCUGUUUAAAUUUAUUAUCGUUCUUAUUUAUAUCAUAGUAGUAUAUAUAACGAGUAAAAUUUACAUUAUUUCG